ACCUUGCAGUUCUUGUUUGGACAGGAGGACUUGCACAUAAUUAACAGGUUGUCCCCACCGCAGCUUUGCAUACAGUCCUGUGUGUCAGCAGCUGCACAUCUUGAAGACAGACUGACUUGCCUGUCAAACACGAAGAUGCUUUGGCCGACUCUUCUGACUCUUCUGAUGCUUGGCAGAACUCCUGUCACGGCCUUGCCUCUCAGAACCCCAGACCUGCCUACACAAACCCAUGCAGGACCACCUGAAGCUGACCAGGACUUUGCAGAGGAAUAUCUACAGCACUUCUAUGGCUACAGGCCCAAAUCAGAGAGACAGAAGAGGGCUGCAGACACAGAUGCAGAUGCUGAUUGGUCAACUGCACUCUGUGAUAAGGUCCAGAAGAUGCAGCGCUUCUUUGGUUUGCCUCCAAGUGGAGAGCUGACCCAGGAGACUCUGGCAGUCAUGAAGAAGCCGCGCUGUGGUCUGUCAGAUGUGGAACGCAUUGGAGAGACAAUUCGCUGGAAGAAGAGCACACUCAGCUAUAGGAUUGCUGGCCACAACCUCCCCAUCCCAGGCUCAAAGGUUCACAAAGUCUUCAGCGAGGCAUGGAAACUCUGGUCCAAUGUUGCGCCCAUUAAAUUUCGCAAGCGUAAAAGGAGAGAGGCCGACAUUGUCAUCUCCUUCCACAAUGGCGACCAUAAGGACGGCUCACCUUUUGAUGGCAAAAGAGGAGUCCUGGCUCAUGCCUUUAUGCCUGGGUAUGGUAUUGGUGGAGAUGUGCACUUUGAUGCUGAUGAAGACUGGAGCUUUAAUUCUACUGGUUUCAACCUGUUUGCUGUAACGGUCCAUGAAUUUGGCCACGCACUUGGCCUGGCCCACUCAUCCGACCCCGGAGCUAUCAUGUACCCAUCAUACAACUUUGCUCCCAAUAAUGAGCUUCAGCUCUCCAUGCGUGACGUCAAAGAUGUCCAACACCUGUAUGGUAUCAGUCCCAAUUUUGCUUCACUAGUCUCCAAAAAACCUCCUCCGACAACCCCGGACAAAUGUGAUCCAGAUUUGUCCUUUGAUGCUGUGACAGAAUUACAACAAGAGGUCCUGUUUUUUAAAGACAGAUUUUUGUGGCGCAAACAUCCUCAGUUUGAUGAAACAGGAAUCACCCUGAUUAGCAGCCUGUGGCCAGAAAGUGUACCUUCCUACUUGGAUGCUGCCUAUGAGAAUGUGGAGAAGUAUCGCAUUGUGUUUUUCAAAGGAAAUCAAUACUGGAUGCUCAGGCAGUUAAAACUUGAGGAGGGUUUUCCAAGAAACAUCUCCAACUUGGGCUUCCCCUCCAGAAUAAAAUCUGUAGAUGCUGCACUUCACUUCAGAAGUGACCGCUACACUGUCUUCUUCACUGGCCAUGAGUGUUGGAGGUACAAUGAGCAGCUGAAGAUGAUGGAGGGAUCACCGACACCCAUAGAGCAGCAGUGGCCAGGAAUUCCAACUCCAAUAGAUGCAGCCGUCUUCUAUGAUGGAUUUGUACACUUCUUCAAGGGAAACAUCCUCUACAAAUUUGACUCCAACUCCAAACGUGUCGUCUCCACCAGCCCUGCUAACGUACUGCUGGAAUGCAAGAAGAAGGAUGACAAUGAAAUACUGACAGAGAGGGGAUAAUUGAAGGAACA